AUGCCGGUGUCACCCGGUGUCACCCGGAGCAGCGGGCCGCGGCUGUUGACAGCACACAGUGCCACACCCGCGGUGGCCCUGUCACCGGAGCCAGCCGGUGUCACCGCGCUGUCCCCGCGGUGUCCCCGGGGGUGGGGACACGGCUGUUGGCUGCGCACGGUGCCACACCUGCGGUGGCCCUGUCCGGUUGUCACCGGCGCCCGGGGCCAUUUAACGGCGGUGGCAGCGCGGCGGGGAGGGGACAGCAUGGAGGGGACCCGGGGGACGCGGCUGGAGGAGCGCGAGAGCCUGGUGGGCGCCGUGCACGGCGUGUCCGGGCCCGUGGUGACAGCCACGCGCAUGGCGGGGGCGGCCAUGUACGAGCUGGUGCGGGUGGGGCACGCGGAGCUCGUGGGGGAGAUCAUCCGGCUCGAGGGGGACAUGGCCACGCUCCAGGUGUACGAGGAGACCUCGGGGGUGCAGGUGGGGGACCCGGUGCGGCGCACGGGGACGCCGCUGUCGGUGGAGCUGGGCCCGGGCAUCCUGGGCUCCAUCUUCGACGGGAUCCAGCGGCCGCUGCGCGACAUCGCCGAGGCCACGCGCAGCAUCUACAUCCCGCGGGGCACCAACGUCCCCGCGCUGCCGCGACACCUGGACUGGGACUUUGUCCCCAGCAAGAACCUCCGGGUCGGGAGCCACGUGACGGGCGGGGACAUUUACGGGUCGGUGGCGGAGAACUCGCUGCUGCAGCACCGGCUGAUGGUCCCGCCCCGCAGCCGCGGCACCGUCACCUACAUCGCGCCCCCCGGGCACUACGGCGUGGCGGACGUGGUGCUGGAGCUGGAGUUCCAGGGGGUCCGUGAGCCGCUCUCCAUGAUCCAGGUGUGGCCGGUCCGGCAGGUCCGGCCCGUGGCCGAGAAGCUCCCGGCCAAUCACCCCCUGCUGACCGGCCAGAGGGUCCUGGACGCGCUCUUCCCGUGUGUGCAGGGGGGCACCACGGCCAUCCCGGGCGCGUUCGGCUGCGGGAAGACGGUGAUUUCCCAGUCCCUGUCCAAGUACUCCAACAGCGACGUCAUCGUCUACGUGGGCUGCGGCGAGCGCGGCAACGAAAUGUCCGAGGUGCUGCGGGACUUCCCCGAGCUGACCAUGGAGGUCGGUGGCCGCUCCGAGUCCAUCAUGAAGCGCACGACGCUCGUGGCCAACACGUCCAACAUGCCGGUGGCCGCCCGCGAGGCCUCCAUCUACACCGGGAUCACGCUGGCCGAGUACUUCCGGGACAUGGGCUUGCACAGCUGCCUCCUGGCCGACUCCACCUCGCGCUGGGCCGAGGCGCUGCGGGAGAUCUCGGGGCGCCUGGCGGAGAUGCCGGCGGACAGCGGGUACCCCGCGUACCUCGGGGCCCGCCUGGCCUCGUUCUACGAGCGCGCGGGGCGGGCGCGGUGCCUCGGGACCCCCGAGCGCGAGGGCAGCGUCAGCAUCGUGGGAGCGGUGUCCCCCCCCGGAGGGGACUUCUCGGAUCCUGUCACCUCGGCCACACUGGGGAUCGUGCAGGUGUUCUGGGGGCUGGACAAGAAGCUGGCGCAGCGCAAGCACUUCCCCUCGGUGAACUGGCUGAUCUCGUACUCGCGCUACCUGCGCGCCCUCGAGCCGCACUACGAGCGCGCGCACCCCGAGCUGCCCGCGCUGCGCGACCGCGCCCGGCGCAUCCUGCAGGAGGAGGAGGAGCUGGCCGAGAUCGUGCAGCUCGUGGGGAAGGCGUCGCUGGCCGAGGGUGACAAAGUGACGCUGGAAGUGGCCAAACUGCUCAAGGACGAUUUCCUGCAGCAGAACGGAUACUCGGCCUACGACCGGUUCUGCCCGUUCUACAAGACCGUGGGCAUGCUGCAGAACCUGGUCACCUUCUACGAGCUGGCGCGGGGGGCGGUGGAGGGGGCGGGUCCCGAGGAGCAGCGUGUCACCUGGGCCACCAUCCGCGAGGGGCUCGGCGACAUCCUGUACCGCCUGAGCGCCAUGAAGUUCCAGGACCCGGUGAAGGACGGCGAGCAGCGGAUCCUGGCGUCCUACGCGCAGCUGCAGGAGGAGAUGGUGGCGGCGUUCCGCAACCUGGAGGACUGA